ACCUUCGGUUGCCCAUCUUUUCCGAGGAUGAGCGUGACAAUACCGAUAAGGUUGGCGGAGAGAAUCAAGGGAUCCCCAAGGGGAAGUCCUUCAUCGAGUUGUUACUGGAGGAUCGGCGGAAGUCUACUUCAUCACUUCCGACACCUGAGCGGAGCGCAGGAGGAGAGACGGACGGAAGGACGAAGAAAUCGGCCGCCCGUACCCCAGCGCCUACCAGAAGGCUAUCUGUCAUCGAGGAGGGGAUGGAAACUCCGCGGCCGGCGCUGAGGACGCAGGUAUCACCGCCGCAGACCGAUCCCCGGUCCUGGUAUGAGGGUGAGGAGACGCCAUCAUCAUCACCAUCGUUGCCGCGGAUCAAUCCAGCGGACUAUGGCUGCGGUGUGCCAGAAGAUGAUGGAGGAUUUACUACUGAUGUUGAACGUGAUCUGGCCGAUGAGGAGGAUAUUGGUAGUAUUAGCGAUGAUGAUGAUGAGGAAUCGGAUAGCAGCGAGUUCUGCAGUGAUGAAUCCAGUUCUUCUGACCAUGAAAUUAUUCAGCGGGGUGACGAGAUGGUCCGAAGAAAGCGUCGGAAGGAGUGUGCGAAGGGUUUGGAGUUUGUCGAUUGGAGGGCAGAAUUCAACACUGGUCUCUUUGCUACCACCAACGAGCCAACUCUGCGGUUCAAGAAAGUGGUGACACGGAGAUUCGGAGCGAAGCUUCGAGGGCACCCGAUGUUUCGAGA